AUGGCUUCAUCCUUCCGUCCGCUGGAAGACUCAAUCAGCAGCUUGGGAGCGAACCUAAUGUGCGCCUCUUGGAGAUUUUCCCGCUGUGCCUCUUCCUUCGUAUCAACAACACAUCACCGUCCACCAGCAGUCAAUCGCCAUCUUCCCAUCCGUUUCGGCUCCAUAAGUCUUCUCGUGGGCUAUUUUCUUUACACUCGCGGUCCUCGCGUAGCUACCGUGCCUCGAACUCAUCACCGCCGCACCUAUUUGCGUCCACCACCAACCAGGGUCUAUAUAGCUUCGCCACUGUUUACCGGGCCCUUACAACAUCGAAUCAAAUCCUCAGAUCGGGGCUUUUCUGCGGCAGGAUCUCUGCUGCAGUGUUUCACGUCCGCGAAAAUGGCAAGCCAUCAUUCCAAUGUGCUUGGCCGACCGGUCAACGAUCAAGUCCGAUACAGCUUCAUCCCACACCACCCUAUCAAAUUCGGCCCCGGUUUGCACCUGAGCAUCCAGUCGUCCUUUCCAUUCUAUAUCCACCGGAAGAUGCAUCACGUCGCUUUCUUUGGAGCAACGGGGUACACCGUGUUCAGAUGUCUGAUGCAUGCUCUUCGGGAUACGUCAAUAUUCUGCCAUGUGUAUGUCAGGUGCAAGGCAAGUCUCCUGGAGAUGUUUGACGACGCGGAUGACUUUCAAACGGAAUACCUUGGCCGCAUGACAGUUGUCACAGCAGACUUGACCCCAGAAACUGCAGCUGAAGCCCUGUUCCCAGAGGAUCUUCAAGGAGAGCCCGUACACACAGUUGUCUACGGCAUUGGGGGCUUCAGGACUUAG